AUGGACCUUAUUCCUCCGUCUUAUGAGUCCGCCACGGACAGAGAUGCUUGGUCAAUCAUUGCACGCUACAUCCCUUCUAGCGACCUAUGCGCUGCGUCUUUGGUCUGUCAUCGAUGGCAUGGCUUGUUUAUGCCAUUUCUGUGGGGCGACCCUGCAUCUCAUUUCGGCACAGAUAAUGAUGCAGUUUAUGUUGCUCUCACGCGAUUUCGCAGAACUCUCAAAUAUGCCCGGGAAGAAGUGCGAGCAUUAACGCAUACACUCCAUCUCCCACCCGCUCUCUCGGAGAUCUAUGGUGGUCCGCGCCCGGGCUGGCUCAGAGAUAUCCUCGAAUAUCUGCCAUGCCUACAGUGUCUGAUGGUUUCGAAAUUGCCCUUUUUCGAUCACAAUGCAAUGACAGCAUUGAAAGACUGCCAGAGAUCAGACCAAUACAACAUACGCCUCUUGUUGGCCGAACGGGAGCCAAAUACAACAUCCUCCAGUCUUGCACAGACACUCCUCUUGUUUCCAGCGCUGACCUAUCUGGAUCUUUCAUAUACGACCCCCGCGCGAGACCGAAAUGUGUUGGCCGCACUGGGUAGCAUGCCAUUCCUUCGAGUUUUGAAAUUACGCGGCAUCGGGCUCAAGGACAAUGACGCUGAGUUUCUAGCGAAUGUCAUCGGACGCCGUGUUCGUUGUUUGGAUGUGAGAGACAAUAUGCUUACUGAUAUGGCGGUUCGCUCAUUGCUGCAAGCCUCGUUUCUACCUCCGGGACGAAGGCAAUCGGAACAAAGCCAAUUGCAGCCCACGGGUUCGCCAACCCCACUUUCGCACUAUGCAAUCCAUGAGUCCAGCUCAUAUUUCUUCAAGCGACCAGAUCUGGAUGAACAAUUUGUGAAGUUACUCGCCCAACCGGUGUUAUAUCACCCAUGGGUUGAAGAUCUACCAAAUACCGGAAUUUCCCAUCUGUAUAUCACCGGCAAUGAGAUUUCAGUUGAAGCUGUGGCAAGUCUCUUAGUCUCUUCCCAAUUAAAUGCAUUGGAUUUUGGGACCAUCAAUACCCCAAACAAGGCAUUUCAGGCCCCUCAUCUUGGAGGAAAGAAGUACCCUGGGGCCGAGAAGCUAGUGCCAGUCUUGGGAGGGGUUGCAGGCAAUAACUUGACGUACCUUCGAGCCCACCACGCACUUCUAACGGGUGACCCGCCGACCAGAGAGGUCACAAACACCGCUGAGUUUCUCCCAGAGCUUUCUGGGCAGCAAAGUCCCCGUGAGGAGGAACGUUUUGAGUUGGAUGCUUCCCGAGAGGUCCAUGAGCUACCUGAGGAUACACGGCCCGUGUUUGAACUUGCAGACACAUCAAGGUCUGACUCAAUGGACUCAGUGUCAACAAGGAUAGCACAUCAGAAACCCCAGCUGGUGUCCCCAGACGAGCCCCUGCCGGGUGUCAGGCGUGGGUCAGCCUUUGCUCCGGAAGUUGUGCCAAAUAGCGCCGAUGGUGAUGAGAGUAUGACAGGUGUCUCUAGGACUGACACUUUUAUGUCUUUCUCGUCAGCAUCAGACUGCAACACAUUCGCUACAGGCUCAUCUCUUGAGACAACACUACAAUGCAACUCCCCAGUAUCGAUGGACGACCCUCGUGCAGAAAUCAUACAACAACUACUCGCAAAGCGACCACGAAACCAAUCCAUACCACUCCAAGGUGGCAAAGAAAGCUGGUUUCCUUAUCUGCAUCCGUCACAUAUCGCUAGUAUGGAGACCUUGGUAUUGUCAGAUGUGCCCUCGCAUGUGGCACCUAAUUCGUCGAUAAUAUCGGCCCUCAUAAGGUUCAUCACGGCUUGCUCCAAUGAAGCUUUGCUAGCAAGCCUACAAGCCGGAUCGGACUACACACUCCCACCAGGCCAGGCACGAAUGCAAGCGGAGCAGCAAAGGUCGCGGUCAAUAUUCGGAUUGCGGCGUGUGGUCCUUGAGAUAACACCUGUUGACACAUCCAAGCUGACGUCGUGGAAACCGGGAAAUCAGUACAACGCGACUGGUCAUUCAAGCACAGGUGAUCGAGAUUCGGAGAAUCUUUGGUCUGCAGCUACUGGUGACUUCAGUUUCUUUGGGGAAGAAGAGUGCGGAGUUCCUGAAAACGACCCUGGCAAGUACUUCCCGAUGGCCGUUCUGAAUGAGAAGGUCUCGCUCAUGCCAGACGAUGAUUCGACCCUAUCGCCAGAUUCUCUCCACCUUGGACGUCAUCGUUCACCAAGCACAGUAUCUUCUGCCACUAGUCCAACGCCAAAUCAGGCCCAGAUCCACACUUUGGAUCUUGUUGCGGAGCUUGCGGCAUUUCGUCGUAGAAAGAAGGCCGAAUAUGAGCAAGUGGUUCAACUCGAAAGGAAACGGCGCAGCACAACUAGCUCGGGUGUUUCUAGCCUUCUGACGACAUCGCGCCAUGUCUCCUUGGCCACUUUCAUCGAGGGCCAUUGGAAGGGAGAGGUCAAGGUAGUACGCAAUCCAAUGCCCAAGGGGCGGACUGGUACGGUCGACAUGUAUGGGAACUAUUUUGAGAAGGGCUAUUUGUACCCAUGA